CUCACGACAAGCAGCCACUCCACCUCCUCUUUGCCUGUGUCUCCUGCUUUUCUCCCUCAUCAUUGAUCUUGCUGGUCUGGUUUCUGCCACACCUCUUUCCUGACCUUUGCUCCUUGCUCCUGGCUUGUUUUCCUGUCUACCUAGCCUGGGGCUCACUUUCACUCACUGCCUGUCACCAUGUGCACAGGGAAGUGUGCCCGCUUUGUGGGGCUCUCCCUCAUCUCCCUCUCCCUGAUCUGCAUCUUGGCCAACACCCUCCUGCUGGUGCCUAAUGGGGAGACCACUUGGACCAACUUUGACAACCUCAGCUUGCAAGUCUGGCUCAUGGCUGGCUUCAUCGGCGGGGGACUGAUGAUACUGUGUCCAGGAAUUGCAGCCGUUCGGGCGGGGGGCAAGGGCUGCUGCGGUGCAGGCUGCUGUGGAAAUCGCUGCAGGAUGCUGCGUUCGGUCUUCUGCUCGGCACUCGGGGUGCUUGGUGCCAUCUACUGUCUCUCAGUAUCGGGAACCGCGCUCCGAAUUGGGCCCAGAUGCUCCACGGACGGCGCCGAAUGGAACUACCCCUUCCGGGACACCUCAGGCUCUUACUUGCUAAACUAUACCCAGUGGAGUUUGUGCAAAGAACCGCCGAAUGUGGUCACCUGGAAUGUGACGCUCUUCUCGCUGCUGGUGGCCGCCUCGUGCCUGGAGCUCCUGCUGUGUGGGCUGCAGGCGGUGAACGCGACUGUUGGUGUCUUCUGCGGCGACUGCAGGAAGAAGGAGGGUGCCCCUCACUGAGGCUUCGCUGACCCCGCUGCUCACUGAUGGACGCCCGCCUGGACGCCCCUGCCCUGGAAUAAACUGUUUUGAGCUCUUUU